AUGACUUCAGAACUCGUACCUUACAGACGCCCCGGCUAUGGUGACCAAGGGAGAAUGGGCUCCAGAGACCGUCAAGCCACUGUAUUAACAAACAUGUUCGAAAUAGAAACACGGAACUUGACGUUUUGCCAGUAUGUAAUAGAAUUUAAACGCGAUACCCGUAAGGGACCCACAGAGUUUACUGGUGACUCUGCCGGUCGAAGACGUAUUCGAAGACAGGUCUUUGCCGCCUUUCAUAAACUAAACAAAGUGGAAUAUUUCAAAGACGUGGGCGUGGCAUAUGACGGAGGCUCAAACCUUUUCACAACCAGUAAACUUACCCUCAGCAAUAAUCAAAUAAGCCAACUCGUCGAGGUCGAAAACGAUUGCGAGUAUUACGUGGAAAUCAGAGAAAACCAUGGCAAACCGACGAUAUCAAUGAACGAUCUAAAGGAGGUCUUGACGGGAGAGACUUUUGAGUGGGAUUUCUUUGACAAUCAGAUGUUGAAUGCUUUAAACGCGUUCGUACAGUACAAUCCGGCUCUUAAAUUUGUCCAAUAUGGUGAUUCUUUCUUCAUGCCUGAAUCAAGAAGAUCGCUCGGCGAAGGUGCAGAGCUAUUACAAGGAUAUUUCCUUAGUGUUCGUCCAGGAGAAGGAGAUGGAAGAGGGAAACUAUUUUUAAAUGUGAAUACGACUUAUACCGUCACUUUCGAGCCGAACGAUCUAUGCACGUUGAUUUGCAAGUAUCUCAACACGCAGAAUUUACCAGACUUGUUCAGACCCGAAAUAACGUCACUAUUAAACAAGGCUUUUCGACACAUCCGAGUUACACCGUCGCAUCGCCCAGAAUCAGUACAUACCAUCAAGAGGUUCCACGAUUUACCUGCGGACAAGACCAUGUUUCCGAAUAAAGAACUUGGGAGGGACGAGAGCGUGAAGGACCUUUUCGCUCGUAAAUACAGAAAGCACCUUAACACGCCUUUUCUCGUAGAGGAUACAAGAGGUAGCAAACAUCCCAUUGAAGUUCUUACCGUAAUUGAGGGCCAACACUAUAGAGGCAGACCACUAAGCGGCAAGCAACGUGGCGAAAUGAUCAAGAUUACUGCUAAAGUUCCUGCAGAAAACAAAAGGCUUAUACUAAACGGUGUCCAUGAUGUGUUGGCAUUUAGUAAAGACGAUAUACUCCAAAAAGCCGGGAUAAAAAUCAAUGCACGAAUGGCUAAUGUGCCCGGUCGCUUCAUCAGCACCCCAGAAGUUUUGUACUCCAACUCAUCUAAGCAAGGUCCGCAAAUUAAACCAAAAGACUGGGACGCAGCUUGGAAUCUCCGUGACGUGCAUUACUUGAAAUCAGGCGAAACUUUAAAAACCUGGAUGGCUAUUUCAUUGACACAAUCGGUUUCUCCAGAUAACAUGAACAGGUUUAUGAAAAGUCUAGCUCGACAAGCUCGUACUCAAGGCAUGGACGUGGCAAGCGACUCCAUGCAACCCAAACAGAUUCGGUCAAGAAUCGAACAGGCUCGCAACGAGAUCGUUAGAACAGUAGAAGAGGCCAGACGGAGGACAGGAGGAAAUCUGCAAUUGGUCGUAUUCUUUAUCGACAGUGAUAAGUCCCCAAUGAAUACCAAACAAUACAAUCUCGUCAAGGAAGUAAUGGAUACCCAUGUUGGUAUUUUGUCUCAAUGUAUACAGUCCCAUCAUGUCGCACCCUGCAAACCACAAUAUCUCGCGAAUGUCACUGCAAAACUAAACUUGAAACUCAACGGAGUCAAUUCCGCCGUCAAUCUUCCGCGCAUCAAUAGACAACGAAUCAUGGUUAUGGGCGCUGACGUCACUCACCCUCCGCCAGAGUCAACUGAUUUUCCUUCGAUCGCGGCCGUGGUUGCAUCUAUCGAUAGAUACGCAGCCCGAUAUGCCGAGAGGCAUAUGGCGCAAUUCAAAGAAGCAAAAGCAAACAGUAAAAAAACAGGUCGAGGAAAAGAAGAAAUCGACGGCAUGGAGGAGUUGACGCAUAAGCUUUUGCUUGAAUUCAUACGGAUAAACGAGAAACCACCCGAGAGCAUCAUCAUGUACAGAGACGGUAUUAGCGAAAGUCAAUUUAAACCACUGGCAUUGGAUAAGGAACUCCCUAGUAUCAGAAGGGCCUGUCACAGGCUGAACCCCAACUACAAUCCAAAAAUCUCGUAUAUUGUCGUCUGCAAGCGACAUCACAAUCGAUUCUAUCCGAUCGACAGACAAGAUGCCGACAAUAAGGGAAACGUGAAGCCCGGUCUGGUUGUCGAGCGAGUCAUUACGCAUCCCUAUCUUUUUAAUUUCUACCUCACCUCUCAUUCUAGUCUUCAAGGGACAUCGCGUCCAAGUCUAUAUCACGUUCUGCACGAUGAGAACGGCUUUGAAGUAGACGAACUUCAGGACUUUACGAACAAAUUGUGUUACAACUUUCAACGGGCCACCAGAGCGGUUUCUAUUCCCGCACCGACUUAUUAUGCACAUUGUGCAGCGAAAAGGGCACGAUCUCAUUUUUAUAACGGUCAGUUGAGCAUGACCAAGAUUGAGCUUGCGAAAAAGUAUCCCAUGUAUUACGUGUAA